AUGAACUGGGCAUUCCUGCAAGGCCUCCUCAGUGGGGUCAACAAGUAUUCCACGGCGUUCGGCCGCAUCUGGCUCUCCGUCGUCUUCCUGUUCCGCGUCAUGGUCUUUGUGGUGGCCACUGAGAAGGUCUGGGGUGACGAGCAGAAGGACUUCACGUGCAACACGGCGCAGCCGGGCUGCCACAACGUGUGCUACGAUUUCCUCUACCCCAUCUCACACGUGCGUCUCUGGGCUCUGCAGCUCAUUUUCGUGACCUGCCCGUCGCUCCUGGUGGUGCUGCACGUGGCGUACCGCGAGGAACGCGAGCGCAAGCACCGCGCCAAGUACGGCGACAAUUGCGACCGGUUAUACCAAAACACCGGCAAGAAACGCGGCGGCCUGUGGUGGACCUACGUUUCUUCGCUCAUCUUCAAGAUGGGAGUGGACGCCACGUUCGUGUACCUGCUUUACUAUCUGUACGAAGGCUACGACUUCCAGCCGCUGAUGAAGUGCCAAGAGAAGCCGUGCCCCAACGUCGUGGACUGCUUCAUCUCCAGAGCCACCGAGAAGAGGAUCUUCACAAUUUUCAUGGUGGUCUCAAGUCUGGUUUGCAUCCUGCUGUCAUUCAUGGAGAUCAUGUACCUGAUAGCCAAGCGAUGCUUCGAGGGCAUUCGAAAGAUCAAGGAAACCAGGCAGAUGGCACACGCCACUUCCAUCCACAGCGUCAAGAACUCCAGGGAGAUGGCACACGCCACCUCCAACCACAGCGUCAAGAACUCCAGGGAGAUGGCACACGCCACUUCCAUCCACAGCGCUAAGAACUCCAGUGCGAUGCCAGCUAGGGCUGGGCGAUAUAUCGAGAUUUAUUAAAAUAUCGAUAUAUUUUCAUAUGCGAUAUAA